AAUAAAUUUGACAAAUUUGCCAUCAAGAGUUAAAAAUUUAAAAUUGUUUUUUAAUUAUAAACAUCAAAAUCAAAGUGACGAUUUAUAAAAGAUACAAUAAUAAAUUUGUCUCACUAUGCCUAAAGUGGUAUCCCGAAGUAUUGUGUGUUCUGAUACAAAAGAUCAAGAAGAAUAUAAUGAAACGAAACCUCUUCACAUUUACUACUGUAUAUGUGGUCAGAUGUCUUUAAUAUUAGAUUGUACGAUAGAUAGGUUGCCUUUACGACCAACAGACGGAGCGAGAGUCAUUGAUGGAUCAAAACAUGCUCAUAAAAUAACAGCGGACACUGAUGAAACAGUAUAUCUGAAACGCGAAAAGGGUAUUGAGAAACAAUUCAGAUUAAAGUGUAAAAAAUGUUCCAUUCCCAUUUACUAUAAACACGAACAGGGCAACAACGUAGUGUUCAUCAUGGAAGGUGCGCUAGUGCAAUCAGUUGCUGAAGGAGCAGUUACAGAUAUUUAUAAGCAAGUGGCACUCGCACAGCCCAAGAAGAUAAUGGUUACAAAACAUACUAAGAACAUGGGCAAGUUCAGUAGUGUUACUGUGUCAACUAUAGACGAGGAAGAAGAUGAAAUUGAGGCAAGGGAGGUUGCUGAUAGUUACGCCAAUAACGCUAGGAUAAUAGAAAAACAAUUAGAAAGGAAAGGCAUGAACAAACGGCAAGCUGAAACACCAUCUCAUAGUGCCUCAGAGAAGAGAGUUAGAGGAACAUUAAUAGAUAAGUGAAUAGGCUAAAAUAUAAAGUAAUAAAGACAAGAGAAUAUUUGUUUUUUUAAUAUAAAUAUUAAUAAAAUUAUUUUUUAUC